AUGCAAGACUCGCGCAAAUCAUUAGCCAUCGGAUCUCCGAGUGUUCCGUUGCUGCAGACCGUAAGGCCCGCCACCGACUUCACCAUCGAAGCCAUUAUGGGUCGCCAUAAUGCAGACAAUGACCGCCCUUCCCCUCAAUUGGGCACCACUGCCGACUGCAUUCGCGCCGGUGGUUCGCCACACAAUUCAGCCAAAGCCCUACAAAUGUCAGCAUACCUGAGCGCGUCGGCCUCCAGUCCCACCUCAUCGCCCAUUAAAUCGGAAUUCCUAACCAACUAUAAACGGUUGGACUCUCAGUCGCCGCCGUUAUCGCCCGGUUCCGAGUCGGCCGACCUGUCGCUCAACCAUCACAUCCGACCGCCGAGUUCUUCGUCAUCCAUCGAUCGCGAGAGUCGAUGUUCUGCGGCCACCACCACACCCGGGGACAGACCCCUAUCUGAGUCACCCUCGGGUCGGUCGCCAUCACCGGCGUCGUCGGCGCCCCCAUCGCAAGCCUCCAUCAAGAGAAACGGUCGCUCGGGUGGCACCAAAUCGGAGCCCAACCCCUGUUCAGAGCUGUUGAAACCCAAGUGCAACUGUCCUGAGCUGGAAAGGGUUGACUGUCGGCUCGAGAAUAAGGAACUCUGGGACCGGUUCCACGAGUUGGGCACCGAAAUGAUU